CGGACGGACGGAGGAGGGGGAGGCCGCCCACCCGCGACCCCCGCCCGGCAUGCCACCAUGGACUGCAGGACCAAGGAAAACCCGGAAAGGACCUUUGAUUUGGUAUUGAAGGUGAAAUGCCAUGCUUCAGAGAAUGAAGAUCCUGUGGUAUUAUGGAAGUUCCCAGAGGACUUUGGAGACCAGGAAGUGCUUCAGAGCGUGCCAAAGUUCUGUUUCCCCUUCGACAUAGAAAGGGUGUCCCAAAACCAAGUUGGCCAGCACUUUACCUUUGUGCUCACAGACAUUGAAAGUAAGCAGAGAUUUGGAUUCUGUCGGUUAACAUCAGGAGGCAAAAUUUGCCUGUGUAUCCUAAGUUACUUGCCGUGGUUUGAAGUGUACUAUAAACUGUUAAAUACUCUGGCAGAUUACUUGGUUAAAGAACAGGAAAAUGACUUGAACGAUAUGUUGAAAUCGCUGUAUGAGCAUGCUGUUCCAAAGGCAAACACUCCUGUUAGUUUAAGUGUGAACCAAGAGAUAUUUAUUGCCAGUGAGCAAGUUCUCAAAGAACAGCCUGUCGUAGUACCGCAUUCGUACUUCAUCACUCCUGAUUUAACUGGAUUGCCAACCAUACCUGAAAGUAGAAAUCUCACAGAGUAUUUUGUUGCUGUGGAUGUGAGCAACAUGCUGCAGGUUUAUGCCAGCAUGCUUCAUGAACGGCGUAUCAUCGUUACCUCGAGCAAACUAAGCACUUUAACAGCUUGUCUUCAUGGAUCUGUUGCACUGCUCUACCCGAUGUACUGGCAGCACAUAUACAUCCCCGUGCUGCCUCCGCACAUAUUGGACUACUGCUGUGCCCCAAUGCCUUACCUGAUUGGUGUUCAUCUGAGCCUCAUGGAGAGGGUGAAAAAUAAGUCUCUGGAAGAUGUGGUUGUGCUGAAUGUUGACACAAACACCUUGGAAACACCAUUUAAUGAUUUGGACAACUUACCCAGUGAAGUGGUCUCGAACUUGAAAAGUAAACUGAAGAAGCAGUCGACAGCCACGGGCGACGGAGUGGCCCGGGCUUUCCUGAGGGCCCAGGCGGCUCUCUUCGGCUCCUACAGAGAUGCCCUGAGAUACAAACCUGGGGAGCCCAUCACAUUCUGUGAAGAUAGUUUUGUCAAACACCGUUCCAGCCCGACCAAGCAGUUCUUGGAAACAGCCGUGAAUCUUCAACUUUUCAAACAGUUCAUUGACGGUCGACUGGCAAAACUAAAUGCUGGAAGGGGAUUCUCGGAUGUGUUUGAAGAGGAAAUCACUUCUGGUGGCUUCUGCGGAGGAAACUCGAGGUCUUAUCAGCAGUGGAUGCACACAGUCAAGAAAGGAGGUGCAUUAAUCAACACAGCAAUGACCAAGGCAACACCAGCCGUCCGAACAGCGUACAAAUUUGCGAAAAACCAAGCUAAACAGGGAAUAAAGGAAGUGAAGAGUAAGCUAAAACACAAGGAAAAUGAGGAAGAUUAUGGGACGUGCUCUGGGUCGGUCCAAUAUACUCCCGUCUACAUGUUACAUGGUGAAAGGAGCGAAAACCCAGAGAAGCGCAGGCUGGCCCAGACACGUUUGAAAAGGCCAUUAGGCAAUUACGAGUGUGCGCAGGACGAUGAUGACGAUGACAUGGAGAGAGCCAGCAAGUUAUCUUCAGAAGACAGUGAGGAAGUGUCUGCUUAUUUUUAUGAGAGCGAUGAUUCCGUUGAAAGAGGAGUAACCACUCAUUGCCCUGGUGAAAUGGACUUGUUAGGAGAAAUCCUGGAUUCUUUGAGCACACACAGCUCAGAUCAAGGAAAGCUAUCAGCAGCAAAGAGCCUGGAUUUUUUUAGAUCAAUGGACGACAUUGACUUCAAGCCUACGAACCAAUCUGGUGCUCCCAGUGAGCGCAGCCUGGCUCUCUGCAGCAGUUCAAGUGAUCCAGCGGAAUGGAAUCUGGGCCAAGACGACAGCGUCGUACAUGGCAAACAUCUUCCACCAGUGCUCAGGAAGCACCUGUCAUCUAGUGGCUUUUCAGAGUCCCCGUCCAUGCUCAAAGAGGUGAACAGCGAAAAACACCUCAGUGCGGACAACGUGCACUUCCCUACAGCGGCAAGCGAUCCAGAUUCUCCAGCAAAAUCGGGGUUCGAGUCCACUGCUCUGAAAAGCCCCCAGACAAAGAACUCCACCCAAGGAAAGGAGGCCAAAGAGAAUGAAACACUAAGCCAGACCUCCGAUGACCAGUUUGGGCUGAACGCUGGACGUCGCCCGGCUACUCUAGUUCCUUGGGAAAAAGAGGGGAAUGAAGUAAAACCUCCGGGGAAGAGCGGACUGCUUCACGAAGUCGUGUCAUUGUGUCAGAUGUCCUCUGCUUUCCAUCACGGUUUAAACAUUUCGGAGGAUAAUGGUAGUGAAAGUCAGUCUUAAAUUGUCUAGCCAAGGAGAGACACCUAUAUUUGGUUAAUCACGUUAGCCAAAAACCAUGAGAGAGCUAACUGGUUUGAGGAUUCAAAUGUUUUUGUGUUUGGUUGCCACGUUGCCCAUUGAUUUGUUUGCUCCAAAUCUUAAAGAUCGUGUACUCUGCUAACAUGUUCUAAAGUCAGGCUCGCGUCUGUCCAUAUGCUUAAUCUACCUGUCAAGUGUAGUAUCCUACCUAAUGUCCUGCUUAAUUCCAGCUGUUGUCCUGGUCCAGGGGAAAGCAUAUGAUCACCAUUUCAAAUCUGUAUCCAUUGAGUUGAGCUUGACCUGAGCAAGAUAUUAAAAGUCACCUGAAACCAUUACAAAUGCUGACAGCCAAUUGCCUUAAUCUUAAUCUUAAACACCCUGUAAAAUUCCUGGGUAAUUUAUAGGACAAGGCGUAAAUAUUUUGGAGGACGAAUCAUUCAUGUUCAAAUGAGCAAUUAUGGCUUGUUGAGCAUUGAGGUAAGGGAAGACGUGCCCCUUUGGUAAAUGAAAAGAAACCCUACUGGAGAUCUUUUAGCUCGCGUAGAGAAAGACACUGGCAAAGUCUUCCGAUGCCCAAAACGGUACAGUUUACCUUCCACUCAGAUGAAGUAUAUGAAGUGCUGAAUUAUAAUGUGAAGUUAAUGGACUUCUGUUUACAGAUGAGACACUUUAAACUGUUUUCCCACAUAGGUCUCUGUUGUCUGGGAAUCUUGAUCUUGCUGAAUGCAUUUUAAAACUGAAAACAGUAGCCCCUAAAAUGGCUCCUGCCAUCCACCAUCCUGCCCGUCUUAAGUUUUGAAAAUUGUCUUUCAAAAAAUGUUGAGUUGCUCUAGGAGUUUUGGUUAGGUUUCCUUAUAGUGGACUACUGAAACAAAGUUAGAAUUUUUUAAUGAACUAAAUUCACAAAAUUCCAAGCUUAGCCACAAAGAUGUUUAGGAAGUAUCAAGGAAUAAUCACUCUGAUGACUCCAGUAGUACUGUAUUUGAGAGAUCAUUCAAAGAAUACUCACCUUAGGAAAUAACAUUUCCAUUAUUCUGUUUUCUUGGCAAAUGAGUCAAUUUGAAAGACAGCAUUUUUUUGAACUGCCAAAGAAGCAACCCUUUCUUAGAUGCCAUCAUUAGUCUAUAUGUGCAUAUCAAAUGCACAGCUGCAUUUUAUAUGUAUAUGUGUAUGUAUAUGUGUGUGUAUAUUUGUGUGUACAUAUUUGUGUGUGCAUAUGUGUGUAUAAAUGCAUAUACACACAUGUACAUAUAUAUAUAGAUAUAUAUAUAUUCACACACACAUAUCUCUGACCUCUAUUGCAAAUACAUAUAAAAGCAGGAAGAGACCAGCAUGUUUCCCCAUAUUUCUACUUAUCCUAUCACAUUUGCCUUCUUUCAAUGUAAAAAUUUAAGUAAUUAUUUAAAUGGAUUAUUUUUAUAUCUUUAUUAUGCCUUACUACUAACAAACUAGAAUUGAUUACAUUUUAAGUUACUCGUAUGUGACAGGAAUGAAGAGAAAACUGCAUGCAAUAUUACUUUGUAGGAAGAAAUUAUGAUUUAGACCUCCAGACAUUAUCUUGUUGUUUGACACACAAUUGAAAUUUGAAGCUCUUUUCAAAUUUUACCUUUAUGUGCUUCAUUCCAAAUGCCAUUGGAAGGGGCAUAUCUGCAGUACAAUUUGUGGGGAGUUUUCCUAGUAUUUAAAAGAAGUAAUCCGUGAUUGCUUAAAUGAGCUUCACAGUACAACUAGAAGUCAUUUAUUCUUUUCCACCUAGCUAUCUCUUUUGAUUUGUUAGGUAUGCUAAUAACAGUGAGUCUUAAUUAAUGGAGCUUUAGGAGUUCACAUUCUCUGCAGUUUGGAAAUAUCUCAAAGAUGGCAUAUAUGAAAUUUAUAUUUUAUCCAUUUAGUUAAUUGCCUGAAGCAUGAACUAUGCUUCUUAGCCCUGCUCAUUUAAGUACUUUCCCAGUUAUUUUUGUAGUUCAGAAGAUGUUCUCAUAUGGUGUUAUCCUUUUGGAGGAUAUUUUUUCUGACAUAAAUGUAUAUCUUGACUGUUUAAUUGAACUGAAUUUAAGGUACGCUUUUAGGAUUUGUAGAACACCAAACCUCUUUUCACAAUCUAAGGUAUGUUGAAAGGCUAAUACUCGUGCCUUAUCUAAACACAUAAAAUUGUCUGGGAUUGUUUAAAUAGCAAAAUGUUGCCAUUGCCAUAAUAUUCUAAAGAAUAGCAAUACUGGUACAUCAGUAUAUUGGAUCAGUCUUCAGAAUCUGUCCUUAGACUUACCUUCUGAUGAUUAUAAUGAGCAAGUUCAGAAACUAUAAAUGUGAAGAUAUGUCUGUUUUCCACAUUCAUUCCUCAUGAUGCCAGCCAAACAUCUCCUACUUUCUAUUUAGGGAAUAUUCUUCUCAGGACAACCCCCUAUUGUUUUCAGAAUAAAUUGGGGUUUCAUAAUCCAUUUUGUUCUUGAUUUUCAACCUUUAUGAAUGAGUGUUGUUCAUUCCUCAACAUCUAAUGCAAAUUCAAUCAAUCAGUCAUGGUACUUAUUGAGUACUUACCGUGUUCUAAGCGCUUGGGAGAGUACAAAUAUAACAUGGUUGGUAGCCAUGCUCCCUGCCCACAAGGAACUUGUAGUCUAAUGCAAAAGGGCAGAAUUAUGCACUACACUGCCCUCCACAUCAUUUGUCUCAAGCAGGUAGUACAGAACACCCACCCAGAGAGUGCUCAAUAAGUAUCAUCACUAGCAUAUUUAGAAAACUAACAGAGACCUAGACCGUCAGUUGUGUGAACUGGGAAACAGACAUUUGUGUAAAAUUAAUAGGGUCUCGACAAGCACUUCUUUAAACCCCCCUUUCAGACUGGUUUAAAGCCACCAACCUGAUCUUCUAUUGUAGGAGGAACUUGUAACUGUGAGACCCUUGGUUGCCAAUGACAGGAAGAACUGUUCCCACUUGAAGGCUACUCCCCAGCAAAGUCAAGAGGUGCGGUGGGGUGGGAGGUGAUUUGAAGCCUGAUCUUACAUGGCAGGUUCGUUCGAGACCCCCACACCCUUACCACACCACGACCUCCAUCCGUCCUUCGAGCCUAUCCACUGCUUCCACUCUUUCUCUGCUCGCUGGAAUGUUUGCCAUUGGAGGCAGGAGCCUCGUGCUAGGUGAGCAGGGCCCAGGAGGACAACGGAGAAUGGAAAUUGUGCUCAUUCUGAACACCCCACUUUGCUUUGUAGAACCUAUACUUUUUCAGAUAAGGCUGACCUACAUUCUAGAAAGAUGGGCCUCUCCAAAGGAGCCACCCUGGCUACCUCCCGUCUUUCCCUCCAUCAAAAGGUCCCACUCCGAGGUGAGGCCACAGGAAAUCUCAACUUAAUUCCCAGAUGGAAAGUAUGAAAUGUACCUUCCAAGUUGACCUCCCCGCCCCCCCUGAAAAAAACACUUCUAAAGUAGGAUAGGCUUUCAUGCUUCUCAGUAUUGAUACCUUUCCUGUUUAGAUUCUAGUAACAGUGUUACCGGCCCCCUAAUGUUUCUUGGAUGAGCAGACAAGUUUAUCAUUUUGAUCCAGGCAAAAUUAGAGAUUUUUUUUAUUUGGAUAUUAAGGGAAGGAUAUAGGUUUCAAGAUUCAUAGGAGGUGUGCAAUAUUCUUUGCAAAGCAAUUUAGUUAAUGAAAAUCACACAUCUGCUUUUGGAGCAGGUGCUUAAGGUCAAGUUUUUCAGAAUUGUGUAAAAUUGCAUGUAGCAUUGUUCUGUUGUGAUUGUAGAAGAGUUGUAUGCUGUAUAUUGUUGGUACACAUUGUUUUUUGUUUAUUUAAGAUAAAUAUGGAUGUCACUAGUCGAAUCUUAACUAACAGCCUCAGGAUCAAUAAAUAUGCAAUAAGAAAAUGCUGUUUCUAAGUGAAUACAGAUCCCAUUUCUUUGAGUAUUGUACAUAAUGGAAAAUGCAUUUCUGCAUGUAUAUCUAGUUUUCUGAUUUCUGCAUUGAUCAGUUGUUUCUUGAAAAAAAUAAUGUCCUUCUUCACCCCAUCAUGUUAGUGAACAUUUUUAUGGUGCUGAGCACACAUUAAGAUUGUGACAUCCUUUCUUUUCAUGAUCAACCUUAGAUGAGAUUGAGGGCAUUUAUGAUACCUUUUGAUUCUCUGUAAAUUAAUUUGUUGAAUUUUUUGUGUAUUGAUGUACAGUUUGUUUAUCUCUAGAGCGUCUAUAGAUUCCUAUUUUACUAUACUUGAAUGAGGCUAAAGAGCACUGUGGAACAGCUCAAGGUUGAAUGCAAUAUGCAAACAUACAAAAAAAAUCAGGUACUUUAUAGGUCACUUGAUCUUUUUAUGUUUCUCCAGUGUUUUGUAACCAGAAGAUGAUUGCAGAAGUCUUCCGCAUGUUAAUUGACAUCAUUAAUCAUUGAUAGGCAUCUCAAACAAGAGGGUUAAAAAGUCUUGAAGAACUGAGCUGCUGGAAAUAAUGAACCGAAGUUGGGGACGAGAUUCAAAUUGCUACCCACGUGCAGUCUUAAGCAGAAACUCCAUGUUCAGAUCAGCUCCUAGAUGGUCAGUACGAGACAAGAAGCCAACCCUUUGGCAUAAUGUUAUAAUUUUGUACCGACAAGGCACACACUCUGUGCAAAGCCUGAAGCGUGGGAGCCCAGUCCUGCCACGGGAAAGGGGUGGGGAGAGGGUGGAGUCUGUCAGGGCCCGGAGGUGGAAGUGACAUUCCCAUCUUUAGGUCUCCUCUGACUUCCAGCUGGCACCAGGGAACAGCAACACUUGGGAUGCUCUCCCCACCCAAGAAUUUCCAAAUCUCGGCUGUGGACAGAGAUGAUGUCGGGUGACCUCCCUUCCACUGCCCUCCCUGUCUCCCCCCAUCCCGAGGUCCCUCUGUUGGCAGCAGGCUUUGACUCCUCGGCUUUGAUUCGCACUCCAGUUGAAAGUUUUCUUUUCCUGAAUAGAGUUCCCGUUCUCCUACACCCUUUCAAAGGCAAUAAUGGUUUUAAAGCCUGAGUGUAAUAGCAUGUCACAGAGCUUUACAAAGCAAACUUUCAUCGUAGUACGUGCAUGGUAUUGGUGCAAAAUUAUAACUUUUCUAGAACUUUCUCCCAUUCGAUUUGGGAGAAGUGAUUUUCCAAUAGGCGCCUGUUUGGAACCACUCUAGGUCUCCUAAAGAACAAUUAUAAAGACCUGAAAUUUCUUCAAGGCCUUUGUGAGAUGCUUUUCUUGGGUUGUUCUUCAAUAUUUGCAAAACUAGGCUGUUGAAAACCUGUUCACUAACUGCUUUGUCAUUAAUCUCAAACAUAUAUGAACAUGUGCAUUGAGGGUUAAGAGCUCAUUUGAUGCUGCUUUGAGGCCUUCAGACUUGCCGAAGAAAACCAUCUCCCAAUUUGCAGCCAGAUGUUUGACUGCUCCUGGAAGCACUCUGUAUUAUCAACUGCUUUUUCAAUGAAGAUGUACAUGUGAAUUUUAGGGGUCGUUCCACGUUGCCAUAAAAUGUCACCACACUGUGAUACAAAAUAAAACUUUCUAAAACCCAA